AUGCGUGCCAUCGCCCUUCUGAUGCCUCUAUUGGCUUCAAUUCAAGCCAUUGUUGAAGCCAGGCCAGUCGAGACAAAAAGUCUAGCAGCAUUACCACCUGUUGUGACAAUGUUGCAAACCAGUAUGCCGCCGGAGCUUAUUGUACGAGACCCAGCAUCGUCUUCCUCAUCCUCCUCAACGACUUCAUCAAGCGACUCUUCAUCCACGUCAACGGCAUCCUCCUCGUCAUCAACCGAUACAUGCCAUCCAACCAUUGCUCCCGACAAGAAUGGCUAUGUACCGCCAACCGAGUGCAAUGCCAUGUACGAUUACUACCCAUCAUUCAGCACGGCUGUGGCAUUCACUACCUUGUUCGGAAUCCUGCUAGUCGUACAUUUUGCCGAAGCGUGUAUUCUCAAGGCUAGCUUUGUCUGGGUUCUGACAAUGGCCGUGGUGUGGGAAUUCACCGGUUACCUGACACGAACGUUCAGCACCAAGAACCAGCAAAGUAGUGGUUGGGCUACGGCAACCCAGCUGCUGGUUUUGCUUGCUCCAUUGUGGGUCAACGCAUUCGACUACAUGGUCCUCGCGCGCAUGAUCUGGUUCUUUGUUCCCGAGCGGUGUAUCUGGAUAUUCAAGCCCUCCAUGUUGGCGAUUAUUUUCGUUUGCCUCGAUAUCGGCUCCUUCUUCGUGCAAGCAACUGGUGGCCUCAUGGCGACCCCUGGAGCAAGCGCCUCCACAAUACAAACUGGGCUACAUAUAUAUAUGGGCGGUAUUGGUAUCCAGCAGUUCUUCAUUUUCUGCUUCCUUAUCCUUGCCAUCCAAUUUCAUCGGCAGAUGUUACAACUGGAGAAACUCGGGGCGUUACAAGGGGAAAAGACCCGCUGGAAGUGGCUUCUCUAUAGCCUCUAUUUCAGUCUGGCUGCUAUCACCGUGCGCAUUAUCUACCGCUUGAUCGAAUAUUCGUCUGGAAUUGGACUGAAUAACCCGAUCACAACACACGAGUGGUUCAUGUACGUUUUUGACGCUGUUCCGAUGCUGUUUGCUACGGGGGUUUGGGCUGUCGUCCACCCUGCCAAAGUCUUGAGGGGACCAGAUGCAAAAUUGCCGCCUAGCGGACUUUUGCGCAUUUUGUGCUGCGGUUACUGCUGCGGUGGUUGCGCUUGCUGUCGAUGUGGUGGCGAUCGCAAGAACAAGAAGCGUGCAGCCAUGGAGCAUCUCUCUAGUCGGCCUCGGUCGGAAGAGGAGUUGAGGCCUGUAAGCUAUGGGUCGGAGACUUUAUUGGCUUAUUAUGAGGAACGAUCGAUCUCGCCGCUAGGGAAGGCGAAUCGUGAUAUCGGAUAUGAGCCGUAUCGUUCACUGGCGGUCGAUUUAAAUCAGAUGAUUAAGAUGUCAACCUCACGGCAUCCGCCUCCUGGCGAACCUUCUGCCUCGAAAGAAAAUGCAAUGCUUCGUGAGCGCCUAAAGACCGACGGUAGGACCGAGAAGAAUGCAAAUGUUACAGACUCCUCUAGCAAACACGCGAGCAGCAGGCGCAGGCAAAGAUCGUCAGACCCAAACACGCGCAGCUUCUGGCGACGGUCUUCAAAAUGUGCAGUCAAGCGCCGCUGGUCAAUCCCAUUAGCACCCUUGGUCGCCUUUGGGCUGCUUUAUGUUGUCAACCCGACCGAUUCGAAUAUUGUUUGCCGGUUCUUAUUUCUAUCGUACAAAAAUACCCACAGCAGCUCUACAACAGGGGCGCCACAUUACGGCAAGGGACCCUGGGAUAUUGCAUUUGUUCUAUUCUACACUCUCGUUCUGUCCUUCACGAGAGAGUUUAUCAUGCAGGAAGCUUUGCGCCCGUUGGCACGUCGUUGUGGCAUCGUCUCGCGAGCAAAGCAGCUUCGAUUCAUGGAACAAAUGUAUACAGUCAUAUAUUUCGGAAUCAUGGGACCAGCGGGCUUAUAUGUGAUGAAAAAGACGCCAGAGGUAUGGUAUUUCAACACACGAGGCAUGUACGAAUCUUUCCCUCACAAAACCCAUGUCGCUGCCUUUAAAUUCUAUUAUCUAUUCCAGGCAGCGUACUGGGCACAGCAGGCACUCGUCAUGUUACUGGGCUUAGAGAAGCCGAGAAAAGACUUUAAGGAAUUGGUCAUGCAUCAUAUUGUGACUUUGGCUUUGAUUGGAUUGAGCUACCGAUUUCACUUUACGUAUAUGGGCAUUGCUGUAUAUAUUACUCAUGACAUAAGUGAUUUCUUCCUCGCUGUAAGACUGAACCUGCCAUCUAACAGAUUAAGAACCAAAUUCUCACGUUUUACUUCUGUAUCCUCUCAUCAGGUCGGCAAAUCGUUACAGUACGCAAAUAGUCCACUCGCGAGCCCUGCGUUUGCAAUAUGUGUGACCGCAUGGAUUUAUCUACGCCACUACCUCAAUUUGCGCAUCCUAUAUUCUCUCCUUGGAGGAGAGUUCCGCACCAUUGGACCUUACGAAUUGGAUUGGGAGACGGAGCAGUACAAGUGUUGGAUUUCAAAUAUUAUUACUUUCGUCCUUCUGGCUUGUCUUCAGGCGUUGAAUUUGUUUUGGCUGUAUUGCCUGUUUCGAAGUGUGUAUCGGUUUGCUGUGUAUCGGAUUCUGAAGGAUGAUAGGUCUGAUGAUGAGGAGGGCGUUGAUAAAGCCCAGUGA